AUGGAUGAAAAUUUUGAAACAUUAGGCAAUAGUUUGUUGGCAGAUAUCGACAACAGUGGCGAUAUUUUACUCACUUAUGCGUUUCCCAAUAUUGAUGACAUUCAAGUUUUUCCUUUCAAGGUUCUCGAUGAUUAUCAACGUAGAGUUCUUGAAAGUUCAAUCGUGUUUGGAGUUUCAAUAGGUGCUUGUUCUGUGAUUUUACUUUUGUUAUUUGUGGUGCUGUAUAACAACCGAAAGAAGAAAUUAUUCAAGUCUUUUCUUUUCAACUUGAAUGCUGCUAUUUUGUUAGUAUACAUCAUCCAAUCAGGAUUAAAUCUCAAUUAUUUAAUGAGUAGAUUAUCAUCUCCAAGUUUCUUCAUUACUGGAGCUUAUUAUGGUGAAUCAUUUGCUAUGACGGAUACUGCCAAUGCCUUUAGGGUGAUUUUGGUAGGGUUGGUUCAAAUUUCAUUAACUUAUCAAGUUUACAUUAUUUUCAAAGGUCAUAGGUUGAAUAUAUGGAGUGUUUCAGCUACAUUGUUUUCAACAUUGUUCUCAAUAACAGUAGUUGCCUUUACUAUCAAUUCUGUUGUCCUUGCCCAUAGGAAGAAUUCAGCUUUUACUCAUGGUCAGGAGCGUAAUUUUGUUUCUCUUUGGAAUGACUUGCCUGUGUGGUUAUUCUCAAUUAAUAUCAACAUCAUGUCGGUAUUGUUGAUUUUGAAACUAGGAAUGGCCAUUAGAACAAGAAGAUACCUUGGUUUGAAACAAUUUGAUGGAUUACAUAUUUUGGUGAUUAUGUCCACACAAACUUUGAUUAUACCAUCAAUCAUUUUAUUCGUUCAUUAUUUUGGCAUUUCAAAUGUUGGUUCUAUGCUAGUAAAAGUCAGUAUGUUGUUGAUUGUAUUAACAUUACCUUUAACUUCACUUUGGGCACAAACUCAGAAUAAUACCGAGAAUAUUAAUUCGUCUCCAAGUAUGUCCUUCAUAAGAAGAGAAAUUUCUACUGUUACCACGUUCAGUAAUAAUAGAGGAGGAAACACUCUGAAUUUGGAGAAGAAGCCAUCUUCUACAGUACAAGGUAUCAUAUUCCCGGAUUUAUCAACUAAUCCUGGAUCUGCUUUACCUUCUGCUAUUGAACAAUUGUUGGGCGAAGGAGACGACACUAUUCUGAACCCAAUUUCCUGGGAAAAGAUUUAA